AUGCCUGACCCACCUGCUGGGUCACCUCUGCCUGCCCACCAGCGCUGGCACUGCAUCGCCAGCGGCACAGGGCUCUGGAUUCUCUCUCUUCUGGCUGUUAUUUGUGAAGAAAUUGUGGAGGAUUGUAUCAAGUGUGGAGGAUUGCAUGAAGUGAGGAUUGUAUCAGCUGUGGAGGAUUGUAUCAACUGUGGCGGACUGUACUUCUUUGAAUUCACAAGCUGCAGUGCCUUUCUUUUGAGCCUCCUCAUCCUGUGUGUGUAUUGCACCAAUGUAUACGAAACGUUUGGGGAAGAUAAAGUACAGAGAGUGAAUAGUUGGGCCAUGGUAAUCAUAGGUGUCUGUUUUCUGUUAGCGUCAAUAGUGCUUGCUGCGACCAGCUCUGGGUCUGCUGUUGAAAAAGCUGCAUGUGCAUUUGGAUUUCUUGCAAGUGGUGCAUUUUUAGCUGAAAUUAUUAUAGAGUAUUUUCACAGUCGCAAACAAAACAUCGACAGACGCUCUGAAAAUCCUGGCAACACUCAGAAUGCCACAGAAAAUCAGCCACUGCACAAACAAAGCUAA